CCAUUCUCGUUGCCCAGGCGACAUUCCCUUUGUGUCCCUGCCCUCCUCCGUUCCCCCGCCCCCACAACGAGAAGUAGGCCCAUUGUUGCCCACCGCCCGAGAUCUGAAAGCUGCGUGCCCACAAGUACUCAUUUGGACUUUGUCAGUGAGAAAACGGCAUCAAUGGCGUCAAAAAGGAAAGCCACUACAUCUUGGUAUUCUCACCCAAUGUAUGCAAGAUACUGGCAGCAUUAUCAUCAUGCCGUGAUUUGGAUGCGAAGCUAUCAGAAGGCCUACAAAAAGGCCGUAGAUUUUUGUUUUAAUUCUCCAUGGUUUUCUCCUUACGGAUUUUUUCCCUGGAGCUCUCUUACUUAUGUGGCUGGGUGCCCUUGGUUCUAUCCAGGCCGGUACACAGCCUGGCAGUGGUCUCCCUGUAAUGUUUCAUAUCGCAAAAGCCGUGGGCAUCGUCGGCAUAACAGGAACAGGACCAAGUCCCGAAGAGGGAAUAAAGCGCUGUGUAAAGUGCAAGAGCUGGAGUCAGAUUCAGAUAAUGAAGUAGAAUACGACCUGAGCAAUAUGGUAAUCACUGAGGAGCUCCGCCAAUACUUUGCAGUGACCGAGAGGCACAGAGAAGAGCGGCGGAAACAGCAGCAGCGGGAAGCUGAGAGCCUGGAUGACUAUGUAUAUGCCGACCAUGGCCUUUACUACAACCACCACCGAUCAGUGGAACCCCCAUCUGAAAGGCCUGGGGAGCGGCGACUUGCUGAGAUGAAGCAGUUGUAUGGGAAAAGUACUUCCAAGAUCAUGGCCAUGGAGGCUGCUGUGCAGCUGAGCUUUAACAAGUUCUGUGACAGGAAACAGCCUAGGUACUGGCCUGUCAUCCCUCUGAAGUUCUGAGUCCUAGCCACAAGGACCCUAAGGAAUGUCUCCUGAACAUAGUUCCUAGCCUCUUCCUCUUCAUGUCUUGUGGACAUUUUUUUUUUUUUUUUUUUUUUUUUGGCAGAGGAAGAGGCCUAUGUAUCAACAUAGUGGAUACAAUCUUUCAGCCACUCAAAAUUCUGUCAGCAGAAGGUAUACUCUUACCAACAUAAGGAAUGUUCAGUUGACAUAAAGUAAUAAAAAUGUUUAUUGC